UGGAUUUGAGAUCCAUGCCCAAAGGUCAAGACCGACAAUUCAUCCUCCCACUGUCCAUUUCUUGGCAUCCGUCCCCUUCAUCCUCGUCUAUACUAGUUCUCCUUCUACCUGCCUUCUUUAUUAGCUUUACAGUGUCUCCAUUUCUUGUCAAUUACAGUGUCUGCUUCAGUCAAAGAGCUGUAGUGUAAAGGGAUUUUUGUUCGUGACUCGUUAUGUCUGACUCCGACCCAUUUCACAUUUUCUCAGAUCAAGUGGAAGAGUAUGCUACUCCAGAUGGCUACGGCUCACCGGUCUCAAUGGGUGGUCAGCAGAAUGAGCAAUUCGAGCUGAAUGAACAAUUUGUGCAGACUGAUCAAAUCGUGCAGAGUGAUCAAAUUUUGCAAAAUGAUGUCCCUAGUGAAAAUAACGGUGGCACGCAUCAUGAGGAGCAUAACUUGCUGUGGCCAGUUCUACCUGGUGAUUCUGGAGAGGGCUUGCCAUAUGCUCCUAUUGAUUGGCCAGUUCCUGGUGAUGUUUGGACCUGGAGGGUAGGAAAAAGGUUCAACUCUUUUGGCUAUUUCCAAGAUAGAUUCCUCUAUCUUCCAAAUCGUCUUGGAAAACAAUCUUUUGCUAGUAAGACUGCAGUUGCAAAUUAUAUUCAAUCACAAUUCCAAGGUGCUGAUGUUGAUGCAUUCUUUGCAUCCUUUGCUUGGAAGAUCCCUGUAAAUAUUCAAGCUUUAGCAAAAGAGAAGCCUGCCUUCCCUAUUUCGGAGAACCCUCUGCAGGAUGAAAAAGUGGGAGGUCAAGAAGAAAAGAAAGAAGAGAAUCUUCAUUUUGGCCGGGGAAAAAGAAAUAGGAAUGUAGCAUCCACUCCCAAACAAGCAAAUCAAAAUGGAGCAACAUCAUCAACUACACCCAAGAGAAAAAAACAGAGUGGAGCUAAAAAAUCCCCCGCACCUAAACGAUCCAAAACUAAACCAUCAAACACUCCUAAGCGGACAAGACAGAAUGCAGCUACAUUAUCAUCCACAGCUAAGCGGAAAACUAGACAUUCUUCUAAACUGUCUGUCCCCCGUGAUCAAGAAGGUGGUGUACUUAGCACACAGGAAUUAACAGUUGAUCCCAUUCCAGAGGAUUUUGAUAACUAUCUCAACUCUCUGGAAGGCAUGCUUACCCAGCCUGUCUCCGAAAUCCAGUUACUCUCUUCAGCAAGCAUGGAUUCUUAUAUAGCGCAGAAUGAAAUGGCAGAAGCUCGAACCAUGCUUUCUUCUCUUCUUGUUAUGGAUUUCCCAUCAUUGGUCUCAACCAACAAAAUUUCCGAACUUACAUCCCUGGCAUCCAAACUUCGAAAGGAUCCUAGAUUGAAUGCUGAGCAACUUGUUAAAUUGAAGUUGAUUGAAGAAAUUUCAUCAUUCAGUGAGGUUUUUAUGGAGAGCAGGGAAAUAAUAGAGCAGGUUAACGAAUUCUUUGCGACCCUUGAAGGUAAAAAGGCCAGGGUUACAUCUUUGAAGAAUGAGUAUAAUGAACUGAAGGAAAAGGCAGACCAGCUGCAAUCACAGGUGGAUUCAAGCAUAUUGACCGUGCAAGAAAUUGACAUUCAAAUCGCUCUACUUCAAUCCAGGCGAGCUGAGCUUACUGAUGAAAUUGAGGCUGACAAGGCAGCAAAGGUUGGGGUAGCAUAUGCUCAAAAGGUGGCGGCAAAUGCAAUUCCAAAAAUUGUGCAUGAAAUUCAGCAAUCCAACUCCAGAAUUCCAGAAUUGGAGAUGAAAAAGACAAAUGCAGUGAAGCGUGAAUCUGAAAUUCUGGCAAAAUUUGCCCCUCUAGAAGGUCUUUCUUUUUAGGCAAUUUCUUUAGAGCUUUGUUUUUUAUAUAUAUGUCAAACCUGUUUAUUGCAAUUAACUUCGGUUGCAUGGUUGGAUAGCUUAUCGUUUAUUUCUUUAAGAUGCCCUCGGAGGCCAUGUAAGUUCAGCAUUUAUAAUGUAGUAACUUACAUUUGAUAAGUAAAGACCUAUGGUUUGGUUAGAUGC